AUGUCAACAUUUUUGCACCAAAGACCUCUCCACAGCACAAUCUCAGAUGCCUACCCACUAUCACCACGCCAAUCUGCCUCCUCCCAACGACAAAUUUCACUCCUCAGCCGCACAGGCCUAAUAGUCUUAUUAUCCCUCCUCCUAAUUCUUGGCGUGAUUCUACCCUGGACAGGGACGCCCUCAAUUUUCUCAACAACAAAACCCUCACUUACGAAAUGGCAACAAUACACACUAUCCCAAGCGGUGUCGUUUGUUGCAAAAAACAAGACAGUGAUUGUUUGCGCAGUUAGUCAGCCUUACUUGCCAUUUUUAAGUAAUUGGUUGAUUAGUAUUUCGAGACAAAAGCAUCAAGAUAAGGUUCUUGUUAUUGCUGAGGAUUAUGCUACUCUUUACAAGGUUAAUGAGAAAUGGCCUGGUCAUGCUGUUCUUGUGCCUCCUGCUCCUGAUUCACAGACUGCCCAUAAGUUUGGUUCUCAGGGAUUCUUCAAUUUCACCUCCCGAAGACCUCGGCAUUUGCUGCACAUUCUGGAGCUUGGGUAUAACGUGAUGUAUAAUGAUGUGGAUAUGGUCUGGUUACAAGAUCCUUUCCCGUAUUUGGAGGGAAAUCAUGAUGUGUACUUCACCGAUGACAUGGCUGCGGUGAAGCCGCUGGACCACUCCCACGAUUUGCCACCCCCAGGAAAAAAGGGGCGCACUUAUAUAUGUAGCUGCAUGAUUUUCAUGCGUCCCACUGAUGGAGCAAAGCUAGUUAUGAAGAAAUGGAUUGAGGAACUUCAAGCUCAGCCUUGGUCCAAAACAAAGAAAUCAAAUGAUCAGCCUGCUUUUAACUGGGCACUGAAUAAAACAGCUGGACAGGUGGAUCUGUAUCUUCUUCCCCAGUCAGCUUUCCCAACAGGAGGAUUAUACUUCAAGAAUCAGACAUGGGUGCAGGAAACUAAGGGAAAGCAUGUUAUCAUUCACAACAAUUAUAUCACAGGUUUUGAGAAGAAGAUAAAGCGUUUCCAUGAUUACGGUCUCUGGUUGUUGGAUGAUGCAAGUGAGUCCCCACUUGGCAAAUUAUAA